UCAUAGUUUACCCCUGGCCCUAGUUUGGGCAUCUCUACAAUUAAACGAACAUUUUAUAUAAUCUUAGCCUCACCUCUUACAAGCACGCGAGUAGAGUCAAAUAGCGGAGUCAAAUAAUAGAGUCAAAAAAAUAGACUCAGAUUUUAUCUUAAACACAGCAAAAGCCUUGGACAAGGACAAUAGGUGAAAUUAAUGUUUCGGCGAUCACUGCUCAUCUGAUUUUCAUCUCGUCACAAAUCACAGAAAGAUUUGAAAGUUGAAGUUGUGGAUCACGUGACUAGGGCUCACAAUAUGGACGAGAAAUAAUAGUAAGCGGCUGGGAGGUGACGCCGGUGGUGUGUUUUGGAUCAAGCUUUGGUCUGGUUUGGUGUGAUCCCCAUUCAAAAGAGCCGAGUCGGGGCAUUGUGACUCUGGAAGAAAGAAAGAAAGAAAGAAAGAAAGAAAGAAAGAAAGAAAGAAAGAAAGAAAGAAAGAACGAUAGAUAGAUAGAUAGAUAGAUAGAUAGAUAGAUAGAUAGAUAGAUAGAUAGAUAGAUAGAUAGAUAGAUAGAUAGACAGAUAGAUACAUAGAUACAUAGAUACAUAGAUACAUAGAAAUGUAAAAGAAAUGAAAGAAUAACCCUACUGGAAUGAACAGAUUUGUUGAUGGGAUUACAUCACCGAUUGCUCUCUGCCAGAAGACCCCUGGUCGAGAAGGAUGGAUUUUAUUCGGAGGUAUUUCUGUCUAUUGUUCAUUACUCUCAUGAGUUAUUGCAGCUCUGGGAAAAGGUCAGUGGUUGUUCGCUCGCGCUGAAUGGACGUUAGAAUAAUAAGAUUUGAAUGAAACGGACCUCUGAAAGCGCAUCCAACACGAGAUCAAAUCCAAACACAUUCAGACUGCGGGUUAAAGUUUCAGCUUUCAGAGCACCUGAAAGGGCUGUUUUUCCGACUGCACUUUUUCCUCCGGAGCCUUUGAAUGAGAGCAACUCGCGCAGAACUGUGCGCUGAUCGUCGCGAGCGGAGGUGCACCCCAGGGGCCUAUUGGAAGAGAGGCGUCACGUGAUAACAUCGUGCAAAUGUUCUUCUACGAUGGUGUCAAGACCCUGUCAGCUAUUAAAAUAAGCAUUGGGAAACGGCAAAAUGCAGAACGCGACCUACUGUGACGCUUUGGCCGUUUACCGUGGCUACUCCAAUCAACGGGCGAAUGGAUUUAGCUACGAUGGAAAUCAGAACUAUUUCUCAGCCCUUCAAGUGGAAAGCGAUGACCAACGACCUGCCUGUUCCUUGCAGUCAUCAACUGGCUCUGACACGCUUCACAAGGCUGAUGUGUGCUCGCAGAACAACGCCACACGAGAUACACCCGGACCCAAUGAUCGACUGUCCCCUGAUAACCUGAAGCGAAACUCCAGCAAUGAGCAGGCCGUAAAGAACGGAGGACAAGGUUCAGGAACGUCAGCCACCAUGAAGCAAAUAUUCCCUUGGAUGAAAGAGUCGCGUCAGAACACCAAGCAAAAAACAAGUAGGCCUAUCACAAGUUCAGAAAGCUGUUCAAGAGACAAAAGCCCAACCGACUCUCAGGCCUCUAAGCGUGCACGUACGGCCUACACCAGCUCACAGCUCGUUGAACUCGAGAAAGAAUUCCAUUUCAACCGCUACCUUUGUCGGCCACGACGGGUGGAGAUGGCGAAUCUGCUCAACCUCUCCGAGCGCCAAAUAAAGAUUUGGUUUCAAAAUCGUCGAAUGAAGCACAAGAAGGAUCAGAAGGGACAGUCACCAGAUAGUCCAGUUCUUCCAACGUCAGGCUCUGCGGCUGAGGGAGGGGGAUAUGGAAACCCAAUACAUUCGAUGCCGUACAAUGCAUUGUCCCCGUCAGCAUAUAACAAUGCUCAGAGGAACACCUACAGCCUAUCCACAGCAUAUCCACAAACUUUAAGCGGUAUGUUUGACUGCCCGUCUUCACAAAAGGCAUACCUGGGGACCGGUUCUGCCAUGCCUGAGAGCGACACGCACCAUUUCCAAGGUAACAAUCACUUCGGAGUGCAGGCACAGGGCAGUAGCGGAUAUGUAGGUGCUAAUGGAACCUAUGUGGAUAGCAUUGGCAGCACUGGGAGCUCGAUUUAUGACCUCCCUCAAACUGCUUAUGGCAAUAUAGACUACAACAGUUCCAUCAGUAUUAGGAACGACCAUCAUGAUGGAGCACCGGAAAGCUCUCAGUGUGCAUACUCAGACUUUACAGCUCACUACUCUCAGGGAAAAAUCCAAGAAGCACCUAAACUGACACAUCUGUGACAACAUGGUGUCUUUUUAUUUAUUCACUUGCAUACAUGCUGCUGAACUCAAUUAACCAAGUGUUCUUCUAAGGCCAAACAUAUGAGGUCUGACUUUUCCAGGAGGAUGCGGUUUUUCCGCAAACUGUUAGGAGGCUCACAAUUGGAAUAUUUUCCCUUAUUUAAAGUAGGAGAGCCAAAUACCCCUGUGCUCAAAGUCAGUUCCAUGAAGAUAUGCUUUACAUUGAAUGGAGUGGAAGUCCAAUCUCGGAUUAUAGAGCGCUGACAUCGACACCUUUGGGAUGAAUGUGAAUGCUGACGGCACGCCAGACCUCCUCGUUAACGGACUUUUCCAACACCUUCCACAAGCACAAAUUGGGACUGAACUUGAAAUGUGAAAAAGCAAACCUUUGGCGUAGACAUUUUUUCUUCUUUUUAAUUGUCCUUUGUUUAAUAUAGUGUUGUGUUUUGACAGACGGAUUCAGUGUUUUCAUUAAAAAACAUUUUUGUUUGCAUCUUACAUCUUUAAACAGGGUAUAGUCCAAAUGUUUUGUUUACAUUCCAAAUGUGAAAGAUAGUUCUGCUGCUCUACAAUCACAAGUUUAAAAAGCCAUUACUAUGAUAUUCAUGUUUUAGUUUCCUACUGUUCUUAUUACUGUUCUUUUAUACACAUUAUCUCUACCAAUAUGUCCUGGGCAUGGUGGAAGACAAAAUACAGAGCUGCAGGACAGUGAAGACAUAAUAAAUAACAAUUUUGUGUGAACUGCCAUUAACUUUAUCCAGAUAUGAAGAUCUAAAAAAGUUCACUGGACAUGCGGUAUCAAUAAAAAUGAGCAUACUGUUUAUGAUUUAUCGUUUAUCUGUGAGCUGCAGAGAGAUAUGUAGUCCUGUAUUAGAAGCAACAGCUCUAUAUUAUAAAUGCAUAUAUCUUUUUUUUUGGUGGACAGAAAUAUGGCAGUAAUCUAGUCAGCUGUUCAGUAACAGUGAGCAUGUGCUGAAUGUUGCCACUGAGUCCUGGUUUUUUGGCAGCCAUAAAAGGAAUAUGGUGUCUGUUCUAAUCCAUCGCCCUCUAGGAUUGUUUUCUGCGGGUUCUGAGAUACUCACAAUGGAUGUGAACUGUGGUUAUAUGAGUUUCCAUUUCCUGUCAGUAUGAAACCAGUCCCGGUGGUUCUCUGGUGGCUCUGUACAACUGCCACUCAUUAGAUUUGUUUUUGUUUGGUUUUAUGUGAACUCUUACUGAAAUACUUCCAACCAUGUGUGAUUUACCGAGGUCGCACGGUUCCCCUGGUCCUGAUAUUUCAUUUAAUCGUUUCAUGGAUUCAAUGUACAAUUAUUUUGCUCACAAAGAUAGAAAGGAAUAAAAAUGUGUUUACUUGAGUUGAUUGGACUCUUGGGCUUUUCUGUAGAGAAUGGACCAUAGGGUUGCCGUUAUGAUGCACAUCAUAUUGUGUGAUUUUCCUUCAUUUCAGUCAUAUAAGUACAGUAAAAAAUAUAAUAAAUGCUUUCAUAUACAAUAUUGUAUCUAUUCCAUAUAUGGGUGUGGCCUUGGUGCUGGACCUUCAACUGCAUCUUGGUUUGAAAAGCUGGACUUAUUGCACAAUGACACGUUUGCUAAAAUUCUCUUGUGUUUCUUUCGAAGUUGUGUGUUGUGUGUGCACACAAUUCCAUUAUAAAGACCGGCCCCAGGAAUGUCAUCGUCCCAUCAGUUAACAAAAGCGUAGUUUCCUGUUUAAGUGGUUUGAGUUGCCAUUGGCAAUGCGGUGGGAGAAAUCAGAUUUUUUACACAAGAUAAGGUUGUGUCCUUUUUGUGUCCUUUCGGUUUUCCUGUACAAUUAAAAAAAUCAGCUUUUGUAAAUAAAGCGAAUCAGUAAAAUAAAGAACCAA